GGCUCAUCACAAUAAAAGAAGCCCAUGAUAUAGAAGCCAGACUUAAUGAAGUGGAAAAGCUUCUAAAGACUAUUAUAAACAUGCCCUGGAAGUAUUCAAGGUCUGAAGUUGUCCUCACGUUCUUUGAGAGAUCUCCUUUGGAUCAAGUUCUAAAAAAUGACAAUGUUCAUAAAAUUCAGCCAAGCUUUCAAAGUCCAGUUAAAAUAUCAGAAAUAAUGCGAUCAAAUGGAUUUUGUUUAGCCAACACUGAAACUAUAGUCAUUGACCACAGUAUACCAAAUGGAAAAGAGAAGCACCUGGAUGUAGAUUCAGCAGAACAUUUGUUUGAAAGUGUUAGUGACUUUACCUCAGAGCUAGAAGACAGUGAUGAUCCAACAGCUUAUGUCACCAAUUUGACAUACUACCACCUGGUCCCAUUUGAGACUGAUAUUCUGGACUGA